GGAGAAAGAAAGAGAGAGAAAGAGAGGAGAGGAGAGAGAAAACUCUUUCUCUCUCUCUCUCUCUCUCUCUCCACACACCCAAAAAAGCCAAGCUCCUACUCCAUUAUUUCUCUCUUUCUUUGUUAUAUUCCUCACCACAACUCCACAAGGAAACAAAAUUAAAUUUUUUUAUUUUUUUUUCAAAAAAAACCUCAACCUAACUUCCCCAAAUCCCCAAUCCCCCUCCUCUCCCCUCUCCAAAAUCCAAUCUUUUUCCCCAAUUCCUCACCCUAAUUUCCCAAUAUAUCAUCACAAUCACCCCCUCCUCCUCCUCCUCCACAAACCACGCCUAUUUGGCUAUUUCCUUCUCAAAGUCGCCUCCUUUUCCUCUAUUUUCCCCACUUUUAACCCCCUUUUUCCGAAGAAAUUGGGGAGUUUAGCAUCUGGGUCUCGUGGAGAAUCGGAAAAAGGCCAUGUCUGAAUCUUCAAUUGAGCCGCCAUUGAGAAGGUUCUCGAACCUCCGGAGCGUGCGGUGGCGGGUCGAUCUAGGGAUUUUGCCUUGUUCGGAUUCGUCCUCCAUCGAUGAUCUUCGAAGGGCCGCGGCUGAUUCGAGGAGAAGGUACGCAUCUUUGAGACGUCGUCUUCUAAUAGACUCGCAUCUUCCCGCUGACGAGAAUGUAUCCUCUGACCUUGUUAUCGACAACCCUCUCUCACAAAAUCCAGACAGCAAGUGGGGUCGUCUUUUCCGGAAUGCUGAGCUGGAAAAAGUGGUCGACGAAGAUUUAUCCCGAUUAUAUCCAGAAGAUGGCAGCUACUUCCAAACACCUGCAUGCCAGGCCAUGUUGAGGAGAAUCUUAUUGUUGUGGUGUAUUCGGCAUCCUGAAUAUGGAUAUCGGCAAGGAAUGCAUGAACUAUUGGCUCCUCUUGUAUACGUUCUCCACGUUGAUUUGGAUCAUCUUUCUCGAGUCCGAAAACUUCACGAGGACUGCUUCAUUGACGUCUUUGAUGGAAACAACUCUUUUCCCGACGUCGACCUCAUUUCCAAUUACAGAUUCCAAAAAACCAACAAAUGGGAUUCAGUACCGGGAAAAGGAAACGAUUCGCACGAAUCCACCCCUAAAACCAGCAGCAUCGACGACCUAGACCCCGAAACGAAGGAAAUAUUUUUGCUGAGCGAUCCCUACGGUGCAGAAGGUGAGUUGGGCAUUAUAUUGUCUGAGCGAUUUAUGGAGCACGACGCCUACUCUAAGUUCGACGCUUUAAUGAACGGGGCUAAUGAUGGCGUAAUUUCAAUGGCUGAGUUCUUCUCUCCUGCAUUAAGUAUCGGGUCGAGUUCAGGUUUACCGCCUAUAAUUGAAGCUUCAUCGGCAUUAUAUCAUUUGCUUUCGGUUGUGGAUUCGUCCCUUCACUCUCACUUCGUUGAACUGGGUGUCGAGCCGCAAUAUUUUGCACUUCGGUGGUUGCGAGUUCUAUUCGGGCGAGAAUUCGCCCUAGACGAUCUUUUAUUAGUUUGGGAUGAACUAUUCGCCUCUUCCAAUCAUAUGUGUAUAGAGAGUAAUACAGAAUAUAGCUUCAAGCUGCUAUGCUCGGGACGAGGGGCUUUUAUUGCAGCGUUGGCGGUAUCAAUGCUUCUUCAUUUAAGGUCGUCGCUCUUAGCCACUGAGAACGCGACUUCGUGUUUACAAAGGUUAUUGAAUUUCCCUCAAAAUGUCGACAUGAAGAAGCUUAUUGAGAAAGCAAAAGCACUUCAGGGUCUCGCACUUGAUGUAGGCUGCUCAUCGACUUCUUCCCAUUUUAGUAUCAGUAAGAAUAAUUUGGCAGUAAGGAGAGGUUACAGUCUCCCGACCGGUUCGGCUUCUCCGAAAAGCCCCAACCACUCAUUACCAGACAGCUACUGGGAAGAGAGAUGGAGGGUUUUGCAUAAAGAGGAAGCACUGAAAAAGGGAAAUAAAUCUCUCGGCGAGAGAUUCAAUUUGUCUCGAACCGAAUCCGAUCCUUCUCCGGCGAAGAAUGCACAAACUAAAGCGAGAGCUCCAUCUGCUACGGUGAGGCGAAGGCUUUUUGAUGAUUCACCGAAAGAUACGAGGAAGUCAGACGCCGAUGAUGGUAGGUCACGAUGCGAUGAGAAUCCUGCAGCGCCGAUUGAAAGCGUUUCUCUCUCCAAUAAAGCCGACCGGGAAAAGCAAUUUGAGGAAGAGGGAAGUUCGAGCGGGGAGAACUCUUCGGUGCUUUCGGCGACGCUUAGCCACGACGAAAGCAUUGGGAAUGAUCCCGAAAACGAGUCGGAGAAAAGUAGCGUUACGUCGAAUUCAUUCAUCGGCGAUAACGAUGAGGAGUCAUGCAGCCAGGAAUUCAUCAUCAGUCAAGCAGUUCAAGAAGCAGAAGCCGCUUCUUCUUCCGCCAAAGCCGAACGAGCUGGAUCGCUGCUGGAGAAGAGCGCGUCGUUGAAGGAGAAAAAGCCCCUCUCGAGUAAACUCCAGUGGCUUUGGAAGUUCGGGAGGGCUUCUGGCGAAGCGAAUACGGAGAAGGGCGGAGCUGAGGAUUCGGAAAAACAAUCGAGCGUAAACAACGGGAAGGAUAGUUCGUGCUGCUCGGCUCCGAACGGGACUUGCAAUUCGUGCGAAGCUACUAGUCGGAGGGUAGAUGUCGGGGAUACGAAAGUUAUGGGCACUUUGAAGAAUCUGGGGCAAUCCAUGCUCGAAAAUAUUCAGGUGAUCGAGUCGGUGUUCUCGGAGGAUAACUUGUCGUCGAGCAACGUUCUCGGAGGGAAAGGGCAAGCGACGGCGAUGGCGGCGCUCAAGGAGCUCCGGAAAAUCAGCAACCUGUUGUGUGAGAUGUGAGAUGUGGGAUGAGGUGAGCUGCUGCAUUAUGUAUCCACCUACAAUUUUUCCCAGGAAUAACACCAUUUAUUAUUCUAUGGCCUCAUAACAAUAAUUAAGGAAAAAAAUGAAGUGUCUAGGCCUUUUUUUUUUUUAAUUUCCCCCCAGGAGUUCAUAUAUUGUUUGUAUUUGCAUCAUGUACAAAGCCCCCAUUUAAAUGUAAGAUUUUAUUUUUUUUAAAAAAAAAAUUAAUUGAAGAAGCAAUUGUUCAA